CAGUCUGUUGAUCACCUUUCCAAACUGCAUCCCACUAGUAUUUUCUAUUUGCAGGGAUUUCACCACCAGUACAUCCAUGGAUGGAUUCCACAGCCAUUUACUUGCACUCUCCAGUCAUCUUUCGAAACGCACCUGUCCCAGAAUUCUCAGCUGCUUAUUGCUUUCUUUCUUUUGCCAGGCAACGGAACAACACCCAGACAGAAAUGCACCAUUGGGAUGAGCUCCCCAACUCCUAGCGGCUUUGUGUGGCGGAGUUGGUGGCACCCGGUUUUCUGCACCACAUCCAGGCUCAACACCUUGGAUCAGAUUAACGCUUGCUUGAAAAAAAAGCUGAUUUACUUCAUGGGAGACUCGACCGUGCGCCAGUGGAUGGAGUACCUCACAAGGAGAGUGAAAACCCUAAAGCUCUUUGACAUGCAUGUGUUUGGGAAGAUCCAGAACCUGUUUGCUGUGGAUAUGACCAGAAACAUUCAGAUCCAGUGGAAAAAGCACGGCCAUCCCUUCAUUGGUUCCAGUAUCUACACAGUGAAAGAUCACAGGUAUGUUCCUCAGGACCUGGACAUGGUGGCAGGAGACAGGGACACGGCUGUUGUCAUUUCUCUGGGCCAGAACUUCCGGCCCUUCCCCAUGGAGCUGUUCCUUCGACGGAUGCUGAACGUUCGGGCAGCCAUCCAGCACCUCCUCCUGAGGAGCCCGGACACAAAAGUCAUCAUCAAAGCAGAGACCGUCCAGGAAAUUAACAUAGACCUGGAGCGAUUUGGUGACAUCCAUGGCUACACCCAACAACUUGCACUGAGGGACAUUUUUCGGGAUCUCAGAGUGGGUUUUAUUGACGCGUGGGACAUGAGCAUUGCCUGUGCCGUAAAUAACGUCCACCCGCCAGAGGAAGUUGUUGCGCAUCAACAUGUUUCAGUUUGA